AUCAAGCAGUGCUGCUUCUCGGUGUUGGACUGAUCUUCAUUUGUUUGUCUCGAAUCUUCAGUAGUUCAACAGAGAGCGAGCCGCGUCUAAAUGUACAGAAAAACAUCCAGAUUCGUCCCACUUCAUCAAAGAAAGCUAAAAUCAUUUAUGAGGAUACAACAAAAUGUAACAACCGGCAGACAUGUCGACAAGGUCAGCUAGCCUUCUCCUUGCAUCAGGGAUGGAGAAUACUGGAAAGCCUUAUAUCUGUCUCAACGGUAAAGUCAUUUUGAAAGAUGAGGAGAUUGGAAGAGGUCUUAACAUGGCAGUAGUGGAUGGCAAUGUCAAGGAAGUGAUUAUUACGCAGCGUGCAGACACAUAUGCAGAGGCUCCCGAGUCGCUUGUCAAGUUUCUUACAAAAAUCGCUCCUGGUGAUGUCCUGAUGGUAGUGACAUCAGAUGACGCGGCCCGCAUGCUGUCCAAGGAUGUUAAGGAGAUCCUAAACAGAGACUUUAAUAGUCGGCUUAUAUACGACCUCGCAUAUAGAUCAACCUGGGUGUUUAUCGGACAGAAGGGAGUCAAAUCAUCAGUUCAAAUUGAAAAGCUGAAUUUGAUCCAUGGUCAAUGGGGAGAGAAGAUUGAUCUCCAUGGAUGUCUUUCACUACCAAUGGAUUUUAAUACAAGCACGGUUGAGCAGCAGCGCGACUCGUCAAACAACUGCAACAUACAAGAGCAUUGUGGGAAUAGUAAAUUCCCUGUGGCUAUCCAGUCAGGUGGAGACAAGGCUGUGCCGACAGUCUGCGUUGACGGCAAACAAGUGUUGGGACCUGUAACCUUGGGUGACUUUCAACCGGCCUCUCGUGGACUCAACUGUCUUGUCUUUGAUCCUAGCAAGAUGAAAAUUGUCAAAGUGGGACAUUUUGACACUUACAAUUCAGCCAUUGAUGACUCCUUGGCAUCGUCUUUUCUAGAGGUGAUCGAGGAUGGACAGAUUGUAAUCAUUGUGAUCUACGACGAGGCUUCAAGAAAGUUGACCGCUAAAACUAAGAAUCUUCUUAGCUCCCUGGGAAGCAGCAAGAUCGAAGACUUCAACUUUAGAGAUAACUGGCUCUUUAUCGGUCAGAAAGGGAUCAAGGGAUUCAGCCCCUUUGAGCAGCUUGGGUUCCGUCAAGGAUCGGGAUGGGGAGCUAAGCUAGACUUCAGGAAAUGUGUUCCCCUUAAAAUUGAAGGAAAAGAAGCUGUUUCAUCGCUUAGUAUUAAUCGUAAACGGAUUGAGUUUUGCAAGCAGUACAACACAUACUCUGACUUGUGUUCUGAAGAAAAUGUCAACAAAUCUUUAAAAGCUUUACCACUGGACGACACUUCCUUGAGCAGUAAUUUGGCAUAUACCCUGCCUAUCCUAGUUGUUCCGGGUGUUGAUCUGGAACCCUUACAGAAAUGUUUGUCAUCGCUGAUUGCUGUGCCAGGUUUGAAACCGGGAAACGUACUGGUUGUUUUAGAUGGCAACUUUGCAGAGCCCAAUGAUUUGAUAGGACUUUAUGGCUUCACCAUUGAGUACAUCAAACCCAAAACUGUAUAUUCAGUCUUUCUACACGACGCCAUCACGAGGGCGCUCCAGCUGUUCAAAGACAAGGAGUAUCUAAUCGUCUUGGAGGAGAGACUGGAAGUGACGCCAGACUUCUUGAGAUAUUUCUCCCAGGCCAUGCAUAUAUUGAAUAGAGAUUCAUCAGUCUUUACCAUCUCCGCUUGGAAUCCAAACGGUUUCACUGGUACCUCUGGGGAUGAAACACUGCUGUAUCGAACAGAGGAUUUCCCUGGUUUUGGAUGGAUCGUUCGUCGAACUCUCUGGACAGACAGAUUUCAGACGAAUCAGAAGACGUGUUGCAACAAUCCAUCAUGGAGAGGUUGGAAUCUAGGGGAGAUUGCUGGUGGAGAAUCUAUUAUACCUGACGUCUCGAGGGUACGAAGGAUUAGUCGAGACGGGGGAUACUACGAGGAGAAAGCCUUUAUGACACAGUAUCUUGCUCAUAGGAUAAACUCAAGUGCUGGUCCUCAGUCUGAACCCACGGAGGUUUACAAACUUGAAGGGAGUGAGUACGAACAAGAAGUCGGACGUCUUGUAUCUCACAGUAUUCCAAUCACUCCAGAUUCUUUUACUGCAUGUCUUAACGGAGGCACGCUGGCUUUAACACUCCCCAAGUAUACAAGUCAAAUCUAUGCAGUUUUCUAUGAGCAAGACUCUGUGGAUGAUCACAAGCUUCUGAGACUUAUAUGUACAUGUUUUGGGCUGUUUGUGUUUGAGGACGUCCCCUUACACAACAUGCACAAAGGAAUUGUCAGGUUUACAUUUGAAAGAAAUCAUUUUAUCUUGGUUGGUAGUAAAACCAUCUACUUCAACAGCCAUCCAGCAAAUACCGAGGUUUUAUCAAACAUGGGAAAUGCAAGUAACACAAGAUGAUAGAUUCCAAUAAUAACCAGUAACGUGACAUCCCAAGCUACAGCUGUGUGGAGCUGACGUUUGUUUUCUCAUUAUUUCAAGCGCUUAAUAAGUUUCCCUUAUAUGACUUGAGGCAUUGCAUGGUGAGGUAU